AUGCCUCGUAGGAGGGAAGAAAUUCAGAAGAUCAAACAGGACUUCUUCGCAGUUUGUGGCUUCCCAAACGUGCUGAGGGCCAUUGACUGUACCCACAUUCCAAUCAAAGCUCCAAGGCAAGAACAUCUUUAUCUAAAUAGAAAGAGGGUCCAUUCUUUAAAUGUUCAAGUAGUAUCGGAUGCAAAUUCGAGAAUUUUGAGUUUUUCUGCAAAAUUCCCUGGAAGGGAUUCAGGAUAUCCUCUUGAAACUUGCCUCAUGACACCUCUGGCAGAAACAAGAACGGCAGCAGAAGUACGCUACAACAGUAGCCAUGCUCGCACACGAGCAGUUAUAGAACAAACUUUUGGGGUGCUGAAAACUUGUUGCACGCUUCUGUACAAUAUCUGUGUCAAAAGAGGCAUACCUUUCCAUGACAUCCUUGAAAAUGACGACCCAGGAAGCAGUGAUGAAUUUCAUUCCUGA